UAUUGUACUAUGCUGAACCACUUUCUCGGCCACUUUCACCUCAGUUUCUUUUUAAUAUAUUUCCCCUCCGUUUCCGGCUGCCUUUAUCUACAGAUGUUGCGGGUGAAACACAAUUUCAUUUUGCACUGAGUAUCCGCAAUGGAGACAGGAAGGCAUCUGUCUUCCCCCUCCCAGAGGGAGCCUCCUGAGCAGCAUGGACCAGGGGGAAAGGAGGACCAGCCAAGCUUCAUGUCAGAGAGACAGAGACAGGGCGACCCCAAUCUGCUCCACACCAUGCUGAUCUCUACGGCUUCCGGCAGCAUCCAUCGCAACCCCGAGGCCCUGGUCUUCACCCACAGCACAAAAGCCCAGGAGCGCAGGCGGACACAAGAGCAACCUGUUAAGAUGGAGAUCCUGCCGGUGCUCAAAAAGUACCAGGACCAGAGGCAGCCUGAGUACAUUCACAGGAAGAACCUGGAGAAGGUGAUGAGCAGGAACUCAGCUGACAGCAAAGCCUACACCCCAUCCCCUAUGCACCUCCCCAGGCUUCCAGGUCAUGAGAAGCGCGAUUUGCAGGGACCACAGUCGCAGGCCAGCUGUCCCCCUAAGAAACCAUGCCCUCCCAGGAGCAGACAGCCAACGGUUACCCCACUGGUCCGCACACCCUCCCCUCUGCAGCUCCAUCCACUGAGGUUUGGCUCGGCAGAGGAGGUGGCCCGUGCCCGGCUCAGUACGCCUCCCGAGAUUGUCCGCGUCAUUCGAGACAACCCCCACCUAGGCUUCCUGUACAUGGUCUCGGCUAUGCCCAAGUCCUCCAUCAAAUAUGAUGCCUACAACCUCAAGAUUGUGACUUACGAUAAGGUGAAAAAGUCCGACUUCUAUACAAUCAGUCAGGCGGGUUUGAUGCACGUAUGCAGUGGGGAGGAGGACUUCCUGUCGCUCGAGCGCUGGGAGCACGAGUACCAUUGCCACCAGCGGCUCGUGCGCAUCCCGGUCUUCGCCCUCUUCCGGAAGUGGAAGGCCUUCCGCGUGUGGAGGACCAGCGUGCGUUCCAAGAAGAUCAGCAAAUGCAAGCAUGUCCUCCGGAAGCACCUCUUCAUUGUCAAUGAGUCCCUGAGACCUGCACUCAUUGACAUUUGGGAGAUGUGCUACCGCAUCAGUGACAUGGGGCUGUGCCACAUCCAAAAGAAAUACACGUACACUCUUGAGAAGUUCCAGAGUACCCAGCAGAAACAGCUCCGGGAGGUCUCCGCUCGCCUGGACGAGUUCCGAGAGCUGGUAAAAGAGGUGGCUAGGAGUGCAUGUCGCACCGCUCUGCUCGAGGCCGGAUACACUCCUGACUAUUACGUCCUUGAGUCCGAGGCCUCAGGGGAUGGGGAGCCAGGGAAAUCACGCCGGGAAACGGGGACACUGCAUGAAGAAGUGCCAGAGAAGAUGAGCUACACACAGCAGGCCAUCAAGAGGUCUCACUGCAGGAGGCUCUCCUGCUUCAUCAGACUUGUAGACUACUUAAUUCUGAACACCAUGCACAUCCUGGUGGUGAACUCGGUAGCCACACUGCUGGAUGCCCUGAAAGACCAGAUUCAGCGCACCCCUUCAGAGGAGCUCAUCAGGACUUGGAGCACAGAGGAGUCGCAUGUGGACACAGGGGAGAAGGAUCUGGCUAUGGAUGAAGAAGCAGAGGCAAGUCCAGUGCCUAUGUUCGUGUCAGAGCUAAUCAUGGAGGUUGAUGCCCUGUUCUACAAGCCAUCAUUAGAGGACUUCCAGGACUGCUUAGCAGAGAUAAUCACAUGCUUCCAGGGCACAGUGCUGUCCCUGAACACCCUGCUCUCCGACCCCUACUUUGAUGCUUUCACGCGGCCUAUGAUCAACAACAAGGUGGAGGAGAAAGCAUGUGGAGAGGGUCCCAGUUUGGAGAUAGUGCUUGAGGAUGACAGGCACCUGCAAACUAUCAUCCAGAACAUAAAGGAAACGCUUGUGUUUGCAUUUGAAGCUGCAAAUGUGUAUGCUGAGACCUUUGAGAGGUUCCAUCACUUCUUCAAGGAGAACAUGGCACUGGACCUGGAAGCUCUUAGGCAACAGGAACAUGGCCUGGACUUCUUUGGGAAAAGCCUGGAGAAGUACCACCAGGAGCACAAGGAAGCACUGACCAUCCAGCAGAAGAUGGAGCUGGGUCUGCUUUUGGUGGACACCACACAGCUCAAGGGCAAGCUGGUCCCGUCACCCCUGCGCUGCCUGGAGGCAAUCCACGACAUGUUGCCCCUUCUGGCCAAAAAGAAGAUGGAUGCCAUCAUAGCCGAGGCCCAGGACGCCCAGUUCCAGCUGGAAUUAGUUCCCACGGCCACUAUUGAAUUUGUCAAGUCGUUGACGUUUCUGGAUGAGAUUCAGGAGAGGAUCGAAGCGUUGGACACGGAGAUGGACACGGUGUGUCAGAUGUACAAGCUGAUGGAGCAGUACGAGGUGCCGACGCCGCCUGAGGACAUCGCCGUCUACGCCACGCUGAGACCCUCCAUCAUCAGCGUGCACAACGCCAUCGACAAGGCUGUGGGUGAGAGGGACGCCAAUGUGGAGAAGUUCUGCCAGCACCUGCAGCGUGACAUUUUAGACCUGAACAGGGAGGUCAGCAGGAUAAAGCAGCAGGCACAGGAAUGGCAGAUCCUGGACAUCAGCGCUGAAAGGCCGAAGGUGAAGAAGCUGCUCCAUGACAUCCAGAGCGCUAUUGACGAGCUGCAGGAACAGGCCUUCCAGUACAAGCUGUACCAGAAAAACUUUAAGGUGGAGGUGACGAAGUACGAAGCUCUGGAGGAGCUGAGUGCGGAGGUGAAGCUGAAGCAGCUGCUCUGGGAUUCUCUGGAGGAGUGGGAUUCGCACCAGGGGUCCUGGAUGACGUCUAAGUUUGAGGAACUGGAUCCUGAGCAGCUGAACGCUGAGGUGGUAAAAUACUCCAAGUUUGUGAGCCAGCUGGAGAAGGGGCUUCCGCCGAACAGUGUGGUGCCCAGGCUGAAAGAGCAAGUGGAGAGCAUGAAAGAGAAGCUUCCGAUCAUCACAAACCUGAGGAACCCGUCACUGAAAGCACGGCACUGGGACAUGCUGGAGCAGAUCGUGGGUGCGAGCCUGUACGCAGAAACCCUAACCCUGGCCUCGCUGGAGGAGCUCGACAUGUUCCGCUUCAUCGACGAGAUCCAGGAGGUGUCAGGACAGGCUUCGGGGGAGGCGUCCUUGGAGACCAUCCUCAAAAAGGUGGAAGAGUCCUGGAAGACCACAGAGUUUGUGGUGCUCCUACAUCGGGAUUCCAAGGACGUGUUCAUUCUCGGCGGGACGGAUGAUAUUCAGGCUCUGCUGGACGACAGCAUGGUGAACGUGGCGACGGUGUCAUCCUCACGCUAUGUGGGCCCCGUCAAGGCCAGGGUGGCCGAAUGGCAGAGACAGCUGUCCCUGUUCAGCCAGACUCUGGAGGAGUGGCUGACUUGUCAAAGGAACUGGCUAUACCUGGAGAGCAUCUUUAGUGCCCCAGAUAUUCAGAGGCAGCUGCCAGCAGAGGCUAAGAUGUUCCUGCAGGUGGAUAAGUCCUGGAAGGAGAUCAUGAGAAAAGUGAACCGGCUGCCCAACGCCCUUCGUGCCACCACGCAGCCCGGUCUCCUGGAAGUCUUCCGAAACAACAACGCGUUGCUGGAUCAGAUUCAGAAAUGCCUGGAGGCAUACCUGGAGUCCAAGAGAGCCAUUUUCCCCAGAUUCUACUUCUUGUCCAACGACGAGCUGCUGGAGAUCCUGGCACAAACAAGGAACCCACAGGCUGUGCAGCCCCACCUGCGCAAAUGCUUCGACGCCAUCGCACGCCUCGAGUUUGCCCUGCUGCCCUCGGCACCCACCGAUACCAAGGGGGAACCUGGCGAGGGGGAGGCAGAGAAGGUUUUCAGCAACGACAUCCUGGCCAUGGUCUCACCAGAGGGAGAAAAGGUGGGCCUGAGGAAGGGUCUCAAGGCUCGUGGAAAUGUAGAGGACUGGCUCAGUAAGGUGGAGGAGGCCAUGUUCUCGUCCCUGCGGCGCCUCAGCAAGGCCUCCAUCGCUGAUUACCUAAACAGGCCCAGGGAGCAGUGGGUUGUGGCCGGACACCCGUCCCAGGUCGUGUUAACCAUUUCCCAGUUAAUGUGGUGCCGGGACCUGGAGAGCUGUUUAGAAGGUGAUGAAGAUCAUUUUCAGGCCCUGCAGGAGUUUGAAAAGGUCAACUUUGAGAGGCUCAACGCGCUGGCAGCGCUGGUCCGGGGACAACUUCCCAAACUGCACCGCAACAUUAUCACGGCCCUCAUCACCAUCGACGUGCACGCUCGCGACAUCGUCACCGGCCUCGUCAAGGAGGAGGUGGACUGCAGCAGCAACUUUGAAUGGCAAAGGCAGCUGCGGUACUACUGGGACCUGGACCUGGACAACUGCGUGGCGAGGAUGGCCUUGUCACAGUACACCUACGGCUACGAGUACCUGGGCGCCUGCCCCCGCCUUGUGAUCACGCCCCUCACCGACCGCUGCUAUCUGUGCUUGAUGGGGGCCCUGCAGCUGGACCUAGGCGGCGCCCCCGCUGGGCCAGCCGGGACCGGGAAGACGGAGACCACCAAGGAUCUGGCCAAGGCGCUCGCCAUACAGUGUGUUGUGUUCAACUGCUCUGACGGGCUGGACUAUAAGAUGAUGGGCCGGUUUUUCAGCGGUUUGGCUCAGUCGGGGGCCUGGUGCUGCUUUGACGAGUUCAACCGCAUUGACAUUGAGGUGCUGUCAGUUAUUGCUCAGCAGCUCAUCACGAUCCGCAAUGCCAAGGCAGCAAAGUUGUCCAGGUUCAUGUUCGAGGGCCGGGAGAUCAAGCUGGUCAUGACCUGCGCUGCCUUCAUUACCAUGAACCCAGGCUAUGCUGGUAGGACAGAGCUGCCCGACAACCUGAAGGCCCUCUUCCGGCCCAUUGCCAUGAUGGUGCCCAACUAUGCGCUGAUCGCUGAGGUCAUCCUGUACUCAGAGGGCUUUGAAUCCAGUAAGACCCUGGCACGGAAGAUGACCCAAAUGUACAAACUGUGCAGCGAGCAGCUCUCCCAGCAAGACCACUAUGACUUUGGAAUGAGGGCCGUCAAAUCUGUCCUUGUCAUGGCUGGGUCCCUGAAGAGAGAGAAUCCACACCUGAGCGAAGAUGUGGUGCUGAUCAGAGCCCUCAGGGACUCCAACCUCCCGAAGUUCCUCGCAGAUGAUGCCCUCCUCUUUGGUGGCAUCCUCUCUGACCUGUUCCCCGGCGUGGUCAUCCCAGAGCACGAUUACGGGGUGCUGCAGUCCACCAUUGUGGACUGCCUGGUGCAGCUUCGCCUGCAGCCUCUGCCCACUAUGGUCAACAAGGUCAUUCAGUUAUAUGAGACCAUGAUAGUGCGCCAUGGCGUCAUGCUGGUGGGUCCCACCGGCGGGGGCAAAACCACCGUCUACACUGUUCUGGCCCGAGCCGCAGAGACUCUGCAUCGCGCUGGCCACCAGGGUGCCUUCUACCUGCCCGUGAAGACCUACAUUCUGAACCCCAAGUCAGUGACCAUGGGGGAGCUGUACGGCGAGGUGAACCUCCUCACGCUGGAGUGGCGGGACGGCUUGAUGGCGCUGAGCGUGCGCGCAGCUGUCAAUGAUACCAGCGAUGACCACAAGUGGAUCAUCAGUGACGGGCCAGUGGAUGCCCUGUGGAUCGAGAACAUGAACACAGUGCUGGAUGACAAUAAAAUGCUGUGCUUGGCCAACAGUGAGAGGAUCAAGCUCACUCCAUCCAUCCAUAUGGUGUUUGAGGUCCAGGAUUUAGCAGUAGCUUCUCCAGCUACCGUCAGCCGCUGUGGAAUGGUCUACAUUGACUCUGACCAGUUAAAGUGGAUGCCAUAUGUCCAGACGUGGAUAACCGGACUGCCCGAGAAAGUGACAGAUUCCAUGAAGGGAUAUUUGCUUGACCUGUUUGAGCAGUAUGUGGAAAAGGGGCUGCAAUUUGCCAGUAAGAGAUGUUUCCAGCCCAUGGCUCAGGUGGACAUCAGUAAGGUGACCACACUGUGCUGCCUGCUGGAGGCGCUCUUGCUGGGGAAAGACGGACUUCAGUUCAAUAUGGAUCCCAGCAGGCUGAACACCAUCCUGUGCCAGACCUUUGUGUUCUGCUACCUUUGGUCAGUGGGUGGAAACCUAGCGGAGAACCACUGGGAUGCCUUUGACAGCUUCGUCCGGCAACAGUUCGAGGACAAUAACGAUGCCAAGCUUCCCACCUCAGGGGACCUCUGGAGCAUGUACAUGGACUUUGACCAAAAGGGCCUGGAGCCCUGGGAGCGCAUCAUCCCCACCUUCAGUUACAACCAGGAGAUGCCCUUCUUUGAGAUGCUGGUACCAACCACUGACACUGUGCGCUACGGCUACCUGAUGGAGAAGCUCCUGUUGGUGCACCAGUCAGUCCUCUUCACAGGCAACACUGGAGUGGGGAAGUCAGUGGUAGCUCGUGGCCUGCUCAACAGCAUCCAGGAAAAGGGAGGGUAUGUUCCUGUCUUCAUCAACUUCUCUGCCCAGACUUCCUCUGCACGGACACAAGAAAUCAUCGAGUCCAAACUGGAGAAGAAACGGAAGAACAUACUGGGUGCCCCUGGCAACAAGAAAGUAGUCAUAUUUGUGGAUGAUCUGAACAUGCCCAAGCUUGACAGUUACGGCUCCCAGCCGCCCAUUGAGCUGCUGCGCCAGUUCCAGGACUUCCAGGGCUUCUACGAUCGUGAAAAGUUCUUCUGGAAGGAAAUCCAGGAUGUGAUUAUUUCAGCAGCCUGUGCACCCCCUGGGGGUGGCCGCAACCCCGUCACCCCACGCUUCAUUCGCCACUUCAGCAUGCUGUGCCUUCCCAUGCCUUCAGAGCACUGCCUCAAGCAGAUCUUCAAGGCCAUACUGUCCGGGUUCCUGAUGGAGUUCCCGCUGGCGGUGAAACAGAUGGCCAGCAGCAUUGUGGAUGCAGCCGUGGAGAUCUACAACCGCAUGAGUGUGGACUUGCUGCCCACGCCUGCCAAGUCUCACUACGUGUUCAACCUGCGGGACCUCUCCAAGUGUGUGCAGGGAAUGCUGCAGUGCGAGGCUGGAACGGUGCGAGAGCAGAACCACAUCUUCCGUCUCUUUUGCCAUGAGUGUCAGAGGGUGUUCCACGACCGGCUCAUCAACAACGAGGACAAGAUGUACUUCAACACCAUGCUCUCCGAAAUGGCCAGCAAAUAUUUUGGAUUCAAUUUAGAACCAAGUUACUUUGUGGACAAGCCAAUCAUCUUUGGAGAUUUCAUUAAGAUUGGGGCUAAUAAGGCAGACCGUAUAUACGAGGACCUGACAGACAUGGACAAGAUCCGUUCGGUCCUGCAGGAUUACCUGGACGAUUAUAAUAUGACUAAUGCUAAGGAGACAAAACUGGUUUUUUUCCAAGAUGCGAUUGAGCACAUCUCAAGGAUUGCCCGCAUGAUCAGGCAGGAACGCGGCAACGCCCUGCUGGUGGGCGUGGGUGGCACAGGGAAGCAGUCGCUGACACGGCUUGCAGCCCACAUGUGCGGCUACCGCUGCUUCCAGAUCGAACUCAGCCGUGGCUACAACUACGACAGCUUUCACGAGGACCUGCGUAAGCUCUACAGGAUGGCUGGCGUGGAGGGCAAGGACACCGUCUUUCUCUUCACUGACACGCAGAUCAUAGUAGAGGAGUUCCUGGAGGACAUCAACAAUAUGCUGAACUCGGGGGAGGUGCCGAACCUGUUUGAGAAGGACGAGUUGGAGCAGGUGUUGGCAGCCAUGCGACCUAAAGCUAAGGAAGCUGGCAUCUCUGAAGGCAACAGAGACGAGGUUUUCCAGUUCUUCAUUGCUCGUGUGCGGGAGAAGUUGCACAUCGUACUGUGCAUGAGUCCUGUGGGUGAUGCCUUCCGCUCUCGUUGCCGCAUGUUCCCAUCUCUGGUCAACUGCUGCACCAUCGACUGGUUCAUCCAGUGGCCUCGUGAGGCUCUGCUGUCUGUGUCACGUACCUUCUUCAAAAAUGUGGAGCUGGGUAGUGAGGAGAUGAAGGAACGCUUCUCAGAAAUGUGCGUGGAGAUCCAUGUCAGUGUGAUGGAGAUGGCCGACAGGUUCUAUGCAGAGCUUCGGCGCCGAUACUACACCACACCCACUUCCUACCUGGAGCUGAUCAACCUGUACCUAGCCAUGCUGGGGGAGAAGAGGCAACAAUUGGUUGUGGCACGGGACCGUGUGAAAAAUGGGCUCAUAAAACUGCUGGAGACCAAUGAGUUGGUUGACAAGAUGAAGGUGGACCUUUCAGCUCUUGAACCCAUGCUCAAGCAGAAGUCAAUCGAUGUUGGUGCCUUGAUGGAGAGGCUGGCUGUAGACCAAGAGAAAGCAGACGAAGUGCGUAAGGUGGUGCUGGAGGACGAGGCUGUGGCCAAGGUGAAGGCUGAAGAAACACAAGCCAUUGCCGAGGACGCACAGCGAGACUUGAACGAAGCUCUGCCUGCCCUGGACGGUGCCAACCGUGCACUGGACUCCCUGGACAAAGCAGAUAUCUCCGAGAUCCGCGUCUUCACCAAGCCGCCAGAUCUUGUAAUGACCGUGAUGGAGGCUGUGUGUAUACUCCUCAAUGCCAAGCCAGACUGGGCGAGUGCCAAACAGGUCCUGGGAGACUCCUACUUCCUAAGGCGCCUGAUGGAGUAUGACAAGGACAACAUCCGGCCGCAGAUCCUGCAGAAGCUGCAGAAGUAUGUCAACAAUCCUGAUUUUGUGCCAGAAAAAGUGGAGAAGGUGUCAAAGGCUUGCCGCUCCAUGUGCAUGUGGGUCCGAGCCAUGGACCUCUAUUCCAGAGUGCUCAAGGAAGUGGGGCCAAAGAGACAAAAGCUGGCCACUGCACAGGCAGAACUGGAUGUGACUAUGGCCACCCUGAGAGAGAAGCAGAAAAAGCUACAGGAGGUAGAAAACCAUAUUAAUAUUCUACAGGAGCAGUUCCGUAACAGUGUGGCUGAAAAAGAAAGUUUAGCGGAGACCAUGGCACUGACGGAAGCGCGGCUAGGCCGGUCGGGUAAGCUGACUGCAGCCCUGGGGGACGAGCAGGUGCGCUGGCAGGAGAGCGUUGCCGCUUUUGAGCAAGAGAUCAAUGAUGUCAUCGGCAACGUCUUCAUUGCAGCGGCUUGUGUCGCCUAUUAUGGGGCCUUCACAUCCCAGUACCGCCAGCUGCUCAUAGACCAAUGGACCUCCCAGUGUCAGGAUCUAGGCAUCCCCAUCAGCUCUGGCUUCAGCCUGGUCAACAUCCUGGGAGACCCCUACCAGAUUCGCCAGUGGAAUGCUGAAGGACUUCCCCGGGACAUUGUAUCCACUGAGAAUGGCAUCCUGGUGACACGUGGCCAUCGUUGGCCUCUCAUGAUCGACCCUCAGGACCAGGCAAAUCGCUGGAUCCGCUCCAAGGAGGCGCACAAUGGCUUGAAGGUGAUCAAGCUGACGGACACAGGGUUUCUGCGCACCCUGGAGACCGCCGUUCGCCUGGGUAUGCCUGUUCUCUUGGAGGAGCUAAAGGAGACCCUUGACCCAGCGCUGGAGCCCAUUUUGUUGAAGCAGACCUUUGUGGCCGGUGGGCGAACCCUGAUCCGCUUGGGCGAUUCUGACGUCGAUUAUGACAAAAAUUUCCGAUUUUACAUGACUACUAAGAUGGCCAACCCCCACUACCUUCCAGAGGUGUGCAUAAAGGUAACCAUCAUCAACUUUACAGUGACUAAAUCAGGUCUGGAGGACCAGCUUCUCAGUGAUGUCGUUCGAUUGGAGCGACCCGACCUGGAGGAGCAACGCAACCAGUUGAUUGUGCAGAUCAAUGCUGACCGCAACCAGUUGAAGGCCAUCGAGGACCGGAUCCUCAAACUGCUCUUCACUUCAGAGGGCAACAUCCUUGACAAUGAAGAGCUGGUGCAGACACUGCAGGAGUCCAAGGUGACAUCGGAAGCUAUUAAGACAAGACUAAAGGAAGCCGAGGCUACAGAGCUGAUGAUCAAUGCAGCACGGGAGAAGUACCGGCCAGUGGCCACCCGUGGCUCCGUCAUGUACUUCGUUAUUGCCAGCCUCUCUGAGAUAGACCCCAUGUACCAGUUUUCUCUCAAAUACUUCAAACAGCUAUUCAAUACCACCAUCGAGACGUCGGAGAGGAGCAGUGACCUAGAUGUCAGACUGCAAACCCUGCUGGACCAGACGCUGCUGGCCUCCUACACCAGUGUGUCCCGUGGGCUGUUUGAGCGCCACAAAGCCGUCUACAGCUUCCUGCUGUGUGUUGAAAUCAUGCGCCAGCGGGGCGAGGUGUCUGAUGCCGAGUGGCAGCACUUCCUCCGGGGAACAGCAGGCAUCGAAAAGGAGUACGCAGCGAAGCCAAACGUUCCCUGGCUGUCAGACUUCACCUGGCAGACCUGCUGCAGCCUGGAGGACAUAAUGCCCUGCUUUCAGGGCAUCAAGAACGACAUCGUGUCCACACAAAUCGCCAUUACUCUUGGGUCCCUAGAAGUAUCCAUAAACCCAGAAACAUGGGAGGGCUACGUGACAGAGCUGCCUCCAGACUCGAAGGAGGACCCAAAUAAUGACCAGUCAGAUGUUGUCAGGGACCACUGGGACCAGAGGUUGGGUGCCUUUCAGAAGCUUCUCCUCAUUAGGAGCUUCAUGGAAGAAAAGGUGGUAUUUGCAGUGACACAGUUUGUCAUAGUCAGCUUGGGGAAGCAGUUUGUAGAGAACCCACCGGUUGACUUGGCUACCCUGUACAGCAACAUGUCCCCCUCUACUCCACUGGUGUUCAUCCUCAGCACUGGGUCUGACCCCAUGGGGGCUUUCCAGAGGUUUGCCAAAGAGAAAAACUACCUUGACAGGGUGGAGUCGAUAUCCCUCGGCCAAGGACAGGGCCCCAUAGCAGAGAAGAUGAUUCUGGAGGCCCUGAAGACAGGCAGCUGGGUCUUCCUGCAGAACUGCCACCUGGCUGUGUCCUGGAUGUUGGCCAUGGAGGAGCUCAUUAAGACCUUCUCAGAGCCUGAUACUACCAUCCACAAAAAUUUCAGAUUGUUUUUGAGCUCCAUGCCGACCAAAGUCUUCCCUGUUACCGUCCUCCAGAACUCUGUGAAGGUGACCAACGAACCACCGAAAGGCCUACGAGCCAACGUGCGGAGGGCCUUCACGGAGCUCACCAACCCCUUCUUUGAGGAGCACAUCCUGGGCAGGCAGUGGAGGAAGAUCAUCUUCGGAGUGUGCUUCUUUCAUGCCAUCGUUCAGGAACGCAAGAAGUUUGGGCCUCUGGGCUGGAACAUCGGCUACGAGUUCAGCGACAGCGACAGGGAAUGCGCUUUGCUCAACCUGAACCUGUACUGUCACGUAGGAAGUAUCCCAUGGGAUGCGCUCACUUACAUCACGGGGGAAAUCACAUACGGUGGUAGGGUGACAGACGCCUGGGACCAGCGCUGCCUCCGGACAAUCCUCAAGCGCUUCUUCUCCCCAGCCAACCUGGAGGACGGUCACAGGUACUCAUCAUCAGGGACAUAUUUUGCUCCUGAGGCAGACAGUUUGCAUCACUAUAGGGAAUACAUUGAAAAGCUGCCGCUGAUUGAUGACCCUGAGAUUUUUGGCAUGCAUGAAAACGCCAAUUUGGCCUUCCAGCGUCAGGAGACCUCCACUCUCAUCGGCACAAUCCUGGAGGUGCAGCCCAGGUCAUCGGCAGGCGGUGGUGGCAAGAGCAAUGAUGAGAUUGUGCAGGAGCUUGCUGAAUCCAUCCUGGCAAAACUGCCUGAAAAGCUGGACAUGGAGACAGCCUCGGAAAGCCUCUUUAAGCGGGAUGCAAACGGGCGGGUGAACUCCCUGACUACUGUGCUGGGGCAAGAGGUGGAUCGCUUCAACAGCCUGCUCAGAGUGCUGCAGGUGUCUCUGAAUAUACUGCAGAAGGCCAUUGCAGGACUGGUGGUCAUGUCAGAGGAGAUGGAGCGAAUCUACAACAGCUUCCUCAACAACCAGGUGCCCGACCACUGGGCCAAUGCUGCCUACCCUUCUCUGAAGCCCCUGGGAAGCUGGGUGAAGGACCUCGCCCUCCGAACAUCCUUCAUUGAUAACUGGAUCCAACAUGGUCAACCCAAGUCCUUCUGGAUUUCUGGUUUCUUUUUCCCACAGGGCUUUUUGACAGGAACACUGCAGAAUCAUGCCCGUGCGUACAACCUCCCAAUCGACGAGCUCAACUUCCGUUUUAACAUGGUCCCAGCGUACUAUGACCAAAGUGUGGUCACUGAGGCCCUGAAAUCCCUAGCUGCUGGCAGUGAGCUGGAGAUGGAUGCCACGUUGCCCACUCCCGAGGAUGGCGUGCUGGUCCACGGCAUGUUCAUGGACGCCUCCCGCUGGGAUGAUGACAACAUGGUGAUAGAGGAUGCACUACCACGGGUGAUGAACCCACCUCUCCCUGUGGUGCACUUUGAGCCGCAGCAAAACUACACUGCAGAGGCUUCUCUCUAUGAGGCCCCUCUUUACAAGACCUCUGCCAGAGCGGGGACUCUGUCUACCACCGGGCACUCAACCAACUUCGUGGUGACUGUCAUGCUUCCCUCAAGCCGGCUCAGCGAUUACUGGAUCUCCAAAGGCUCAGCUCUGUUGUGUCAGCUUAAUGAUUGAACUUAUACAUCUGGUUGAAACAGGAGUGGAUCCUGCUAUUCCUCUACACAGUGCACUUCUACUCAUCUUCUCUUAUUUAUUCUUAACUUCUGAAGUAUAUUUAAGCAUUUUUUUUCAACAGACAAAACUGAAACUGAUCUGAAACCGAUUCAUUUUAUUUAUUUCUUGCUUUUCUACAAUGCAACUUUAUUAGUUACUUGCUCUUUGUAUGGCAAAUGGUUGUGUUAUUAAUUUUUCAAGAUAGAAACGUUUUCAGGUUUUAUUCACCCACUGUUGGUAAUCACUUGUCCAAGAGCAAUGAAAAGAAUUUGACUUGAUUUAUACAUUAAGAUACUGUAGGUGACAGUAAAAUACACCCAAAAAGAAAGUCAUCUCACUUCCAAAGUGUUAACAGUUUGUGUCUCGUGAUCACGAGUGUUAGUGUUGCCAGACUGGCUGAGCACAGAGCUGAAACAUGUGAAUCCACAAAAUUUAUCUUGAACAAACAUCCCAGGUCACUAUUUACAACUGUGUUUCACAACUGAUGCCUAUAUACGUGCUUAAGACUUUCACUAGCUAGCAAACAAAAGAACUCUUCUAUACUCCCCUCAAUUAAUGAAACAAACCAUAUUAAAGAGGCUCCGCCCCAAACAUUACAGCAAAAUAAAAAUGGACAAGUCUUAAUCUUCCAUUUACGUAAAACAGAAUCACAAAAAUUUAUAAUAGAAACAUUUUACAAAGUACAAUAUUUCCUAUUUUCAUCAGGUUAGUUCAAAUAACAUUAAACCAGUUUUGUCUGCAUCUAUUACCCAUUACCAAAAUGGAUCCUCCUGGUGGCACUUAAAGAACUCAAAUUCCCAUAAU